AUGAGACUCUUCAAUUCUGCCAUAAUCCUGGCGUCUUGCAUUUCAACAGCUUCCGCUGCUGUGGCUCACACGUCCACGGUGAAAACCAUCAACGUGGAUGUUGCAAUCAUUGGCGGCGGUGCAUCUGGUAUCCACGCAGCCAUCAACCUCAAAGAUGCUGGUGCAAAGGUUGCCGUGAUUGAGAAACAAGACAAGAUCGGAGGCCAUGCUGAGACAUACAUCAACCCCAAGACAAAGGCGGCUGCCAACAUCGGCGUUGUCAUCUUUGAGAACAGCGAGACUGUCCAAAAAUACUUUGACCGUCUGGGUGUUGACUCUGUCAUCAGCAGUCCUCUCGUCUCUGACAAAGAAACUAAGCAGUAUGACUUUUCUCUCGGCAUCCCCAUUCCCCCUCCAGAUGCAGACACUGCCGCUGCAAAAGCAAAGGCUAUAACCGCCGCGAUACAAGCCUACAGCCAAAACGUCUUGACAAAGUACCCUUGGAUUGAUCAAGGCUAUACUUUUGUUCCCAACCCUGUGCCCAAAGAGCUUCUUCAGCCGUUCUCACAGUUUGCUCAGCAAAACAAUUUCACUGAUCUCCUUUCCCUCAUCUCUCAGUUUGGCUGGUACCCUGGAAACAUCACCACCAUCCCCGCUCUCUAUGGAAUCAAGAAAUUUGGACCUGGUUUGUUGCAGAGUGUCACCAAAGGAUUUAUUGUUCCUAAAUCCGGCAACUCUCGGACUGUCUAUGAAGCUGCGGCUCUUGAGCUCACUAAGGAAAUCUACCUCAACUCGGACGUCAAGAGUGUCAAGAGGAACAAAGAUGGUGUUGUUGUUACUGUCAAACAACAUGGGAAACACAUUACCUUUAAGGCACGCAAGCUUCUUGUUGCAAUCCCUCAGACUCUCAAGAACGUUGGCUCCUUUGAUCUUGCUCCACACGAAAAGACUUUAUUCUCAAAGUUCUCUGCCUACGGCUACGUCGCAGGCGUUGCCAACAUCGCCGGUGUCGAUGUCAACCUCCAAAACGUCGGCGCUUUCACACCAGCCAACACACCUGUCAUCCCUGGAAGCAACGGCUACAAUAUCCCUCCCGGGUUUUCAGAGCAGUUUCUUCUCGGUGUGGCCUUUGACAAUGCCGACUACAGCCUUGCGGACGCUAAGGCUGUCAUUCGAAAGGAACUCACGAAUCUUGCCCGCGCAGGCGCUGUCCCGGCUGGAUCAGCAAAGAAGGUCACAUUUCCUGUGCUCGCCAACCAUGCUCCUUUCGAACUUCAUGUUUGUUCCAAGGAAAUCGGUGAUGGCUUCUUUAGGAAGCUUCUGGAGCUUGAAGGAUCUCGCAACACGUAUUGGACUGGUGCUGCGUUCACUGGUCACAGCAGCGGACUGAUCUGGAAUUGGAAUGAUAAUGUUAUUUUACCCGCUAUGAAGAAGGACUUGGGACUUUAA